AUGAUCAGGAGCUAUACUCAAACCUGUGCUCCUAAAGAUGCGCUUUUGCUUUAUAAAGAGAUGCUUAUCAGGGGGUUUUCUCCUGAUAAUUUUACAUACCCAAUUGUAACUAAAGCUUGUUCUCACCUUCAUGCGCUUGAAUGCGGGUCUCUUCUUCAUGGGCAGAUUGUAAAAUCUGGGUUUGAUUCAGAUAUGAUUAUAAUGUCUGGACUGAUCCAUUUCAAUUUGUGUUGUGCAAGAAUUGGAGUUGCAAGAAAACUGUUUGAUGAGAUGCCUGAAAGAGAUGUAGUUGCGUGGACAACUAUGAUUUCUGGUUAUGCUCAGUUGAACUAUCCUGAAGAAUCCUUCCUCCUAUUUGAUGAGAUGAGAAGGGCAGGGGUCAAGCCAAACAAUGUCACUAUUUUGAGCUUAAUUUCUGCGUGUGGGCAUCUACAAGCUCUAGGCAGAGGUAAGUGGCUUCAUUCGUACAUUGUGGAGAAUAAUAUGGAAUCUAAUUGCAUCGUUGCUAAUGCACUUGUUAGUAUGUAUGCUAAGUGCAAAAUUAUGUCAUAUGCAUUGGAAGUUUUUGACAACAUCCUUACAAGAGAUGUGGUUACAUGGAAUUCCUUGAUUGGUGGGUUUGUUCAGAAUGGCCUCCCUGCAGAGGCAUUAAGGUUGUUCAAGGAAAUGCAAUGCUCGGAUGUGCAACCUAAUGAGAUCACAGUGGUAAGUGCAUUGUCAGCUUGUGCACAAUUGGUUAAUAUCAAGGAAGGCAAACAAAUUCAUACAUAUUUACGUGAAAAGAAAUUUGCUUAUGAUGUCUUUAUUGGUAAUGCUCUUAUUAACAUGUAUGCCAAGUGUGGACAUCUAGAUGAAGCUGUAGAUGUAUUCCGUCAGAUGCCAGAUAGAGACAUUUUUUCAUGGACAACAAUGAUUACUGGUUAUGUGCAAGAUUGCCAGUUCAAAGAGGCCUUGGUCCUCUUUCAGGAGAUGAAGCUCUCUGGAGUUGAGCCAAACGAAGUUACCCUUGUUAGCUUGUUAUCAGCUUGUGCUCAGCUGGGAGCAUUGGACCAAGGCAAACACAUUCAUGCUUACAUAGAAGAGAACAAUGUGAAACAAGAUAUGCAUCUGGUAAAUGCAUUAUUGGACAUGUAUGCCAAGUGUGGAUGCAUAGAGACAGCAUUACAAAUAUUUCAGCAUAUGCCUAUUAAAGAUACUUUUUCUUGGAAUGCAAUGAUUGGAGGGCUUGCCACCCAUGGACAUGGAAGGGAGGCCAUUGAUCUUUUUACCCAAAUGGAAAAGGCAGGGGAAACCAUGCCUAAUGAUGUAACCUUCAUAGCUGUUCUUUGUGCAUGUGCCCACUCGGGAAUGGUCAAAGAAGGAUACCACUACUUCAGUUCUAUGAACUUGUAUGGAAUCACCCCAAGCAUUGAACACUAUGGUUGCAUGGUGGAUCUCCUCAGUAGAGUGGGUCUUUUAAAUGAAGCAAAUGAUCUCAUUGAGAAAAUGCCAAUGCAACCUAACACUAUCAUCUGGGGAUCUCUUCUUUCUGCUUGUCGUGUUCAUCGUAAGGUGGAACUUGCAGAGAAAGCAGCCAGACACAUUCUCAAGUUAGCUCCUGAUGAGAAGGGCGUCUAUGUACUGCUAUCUAACAUAUAUGCUGAUAUGGGUCAAUGGAAUGCUGUGAAAAGGAUCAGAAAUCUAAUGGAUACUAAGGGAAUCGAGAAGCCUCCAGGAUGUAGCUUGAUUGAAGUGAAUGGUGGUAACCUCGAACUUGCAUGUUGA